GUUGUCAGAACCAAGGUUCCACGUUCUAAUCUUGUCGUGGCUUCCAAUGCACGCCCUUGCAUGCAGUAGCAUCCUUCCGUUGGCCUUGCAGUAAGUGCGCAAUGGGAGCUUAAAGCUUACCUGGAUACUAUAUGACUUUUACUCAUACUCAUUCUCCGAUCGAAUAACCGCAAGUGCGUGCAUAUGCAUCGUACCGCUCCAUCCAAGGCGUGAGUCAGUCCUUUCGGCAGCGUACGCAUCUCAUUCGUCAUUUUAUUUCUGCUUGCGAUUAAGGUCACCUGCGAGCCUUAACCCAGCGUUUGCGUCUGGCCCUCCUGAAUACAGUCCAUCCGGUACCGAGACUGGCAUAAAUACGACGAACUAGGGAGGAGCCUUCUUGCUAAGAGCUGGAGUACAGGCAGCCAAUGGGCCUCACACAUGAUUAGCAUAGACAGAAUUACGAUAUUCCUAUAGCAAUGGAGACAAAGAGACCGCUUCAACUGUUAGCAUUUAACCACGUCAGCAGGGUUUGUUCAGACCUUGAGAAAUCAUACGGCUUUUACACGGACGUCCUGGGCUUUAAGCCGGUCAAGCGGCCCACGAGCUUUGACUUUGAAGGCGCCUGGCUCUUCAACUAUGGCGUGGGCCUGCACCUCAUCAAGGGCUCUCCUCUGCCUCGCUCCAGCGAUGUCAACCCUAUGUCCUGCCACAUCAGCUUCCAGGCGGCCAGCCUGGAAGAGGUCGAGCGCUGCCUAAAGAGCUGGGGCCUCAAAUACGUGAAGAACGUAUUCAUGGAGGACGGUAUUCAAAUAGGUCAACUCUUUUUCCACGACCCAGACAACAACAUGAUCGAGGUCUGCAACUGCGACCAACUGCCCGUGGUGCAACUCACGGAAGACAUCCUGGCCUGCGCGGCGCGACCGCCGCCCAUCUCCAUCUCCACCGCUCCGCAAGCGCACAGCAGCUGCUCCUGCGGCGAGACCUGUUCCGACACCGCGAGCGCUUGCGGCAGCAUGAUGACCGAGGACCUGAUGUUGGGCUUGGCGGGAGUCAAGGAGCCCUGCCGUAGCGAAGGCAGCAGCACCAGUAGCACCAGCAGUGACAGCGGCAUGUCAGCGGUGUUGGCUGUGGCUGCGGCUUUAGAGGGCUCUAGAGGGCCAUGCAGCCACCCGUCGGGCUGCUCGGGGGAUGAAGAGGAGGAGGAGGAGAAGGGGGGGUUCGAGCGCUGGCAGGGGCUGUCGACUGCAGCAGCAGCAGCGGUGGCGGCAGGGUCUACUCGACCUCAGCCGUCGCCGCUUCCUGCUGUCGCCUGAGCAGCACCGUGCAAUCGGAGCUCCUGCAUGGAAGGCGACAAGCACGAGCUAGUGCAGCAGCGGCAGCAGCAGCCAUGCCAGAAAGGGCAGCAGCAGCAGCAAACCCAACAAGAACCCACCGGCUGCUGCUGUGGUGUGGCGUGUGUUGCGACGUGGGUGGAGGUCCGUCGAAGUGAAGAAGAGAAGGGUAGGGGUAAGGAAAUCCAUGCAGGAGCAGACGUGUUUUAGGUUUAGCUGUCUGUGAUUCGGUGCCCUACUCCCUUACGUUUUUCGUCCCUCUGCUGCGGUGCGGAGUUGCGGCAUGCAGCCGGGGCUCUGACAGCAGAUGGCGGCUGUCAGGGGGUGUGUGGCGGUGAUGUGUGUGGGUUUUGUAAUAGGAGAGCGAGGCAACGCCGUUGGGCUGUGCCUGACCUGAUAUAAGACGCGUUUAGUGUCGUGUCAGGUCGUGAGCUCGUGACUCCUAAAGAUUGGUUUAUCUUUGUCGUGUCGGCGUGUGAGUGGAAACUCCCUAAGCUUGGCUUCCCUCUGUCGCGCCGGUUUGUGAGUGGAAGUGGUGGUUUGUCGUGUGCGUGGGUUCCAGGUGCCAUGUAAAACCAUUGUCACGGAGUCGGAGGGACGGCAGCGAUGCAUGGAGGCAGCCAUGGGGGCAUGGGGCGAGCGUACCCCGGUAGUUAUCUUGGCCGUGGUUUCACCUGCCUGCUGCCCUGUCGAGUGUACACUGGUUUUUUAGCAUGGUUGGGUCGUUACAGCGCGUGGGUGGUUUGGCGCUUGCGCUGCGUGUGUUGUGUACGGGUGGGUGUUGAUUUGCAAAGACUCAUUGGCUGUGGCCGCCUGCAUGCGUGCUAACCCGGCAUGUGUGAUUGCUGCGGCGUGCGGAACGAAGUGUGCUGGGUACCGAAGGUCAAUCCUUUCUGUAACAUUACCAUUGUAUGGGAAGCUAACGCUGUCUUCUUAACCCUGCCUGUUGGCUUUUUGAUGUCUGGGUGGGCUGCCGCCGGGGUGCAGGCGCUGUGUCAAGGAAGAGAAUGCAUUGUUGUUUGGCUUGUUGCACGAGGCAUCAUGACAAAUAAUAAUUCCUAAGAACCCAGGUAGCAAGGUGUGUUGUACUUACAGGUUAUAGCUGACGUCUGGCUGAUCGUACAUAUACAUAAAUAAGCCAAAGCUGUGUGUUCAUCCAUGCAGGCAACGCCACUGUAGCUUUUGUUGCUUCCCACAUGCGCGUUUGGUGAUGUCUGUACAAGUCGACGCAGGGAUAUUCAUGACAUUUUUGACAGGAUUUUGCCAAUAUAUGCCAACAAUAUGUGCCACAAGUCACGUACUGUACACGCCAGUGUCUCCUUGCCGUCGUUAACCGACGCGUGUAGAUUUGAGGGUGGUGGAGUGUAUAACCAAAAUCCAAUUGUAAACUAAUACUGUUACCCACUUAAAAAG